CCGAUUACAAAGGCAAUUUUCAGAGUAACCUCAUCGUUCUGAUCGGCAUCGGUUGUUUGUUUACUUUCUGCGAGGACUACAUAGUAUAGGACAUAUCAACAUGAUAUCUUAUAUGCUGGCUAUAGAUAUGAUUCUAUAUUUUACGCUCUUGUCCGAUUUUCCUCUAUGGGCUUUCUUGCUUUUUAAGUUGGUGUUUAUCAAUCGACCGCUGGAGAGGAUUGCGGUUGUUUUGUUGAAUGCCGCAGCCAAGUGGUAUAUAUAUCCGUACUUGAAGGAAUGGAUUGACCAAGAGGAAGCGAAAUUGAACUCGGAAUAACGCUAAUGUUAUUUAUGAACUAAAUUUAAAAUAAAACUGAUAUGCUACUUAAUAAAGAAGAUAUUAGAGAUAA